GACGACUAUCAAGAGUCCAAUGGCAGAGUGGCGGAGCAGAAGCAGCUUCAAUUGAAGGCCAUACACAGGCCUAGGUUUAGCCCCGCAGCAGCAAUGGGAGGCCAUACAGCACCCUAUGAAAAAAUGGAACCCACCAGCAGUGUGAGGAGACCUGAAAGUGGCACAUGGCAGAGUGUGGCGAUGGAGACAGCAGCAAUGGGAGGCCGUACAGGGACCCAUGACACACUCUGGACCUGGCAGCAGCAUGAGGAGGCGGUACAGGGGCCCCAUGACAGAUUACGGGCCUGGCAGCAGCAUGAGGAGACGGUACAGGGGCCCAUGGCAGAGUGGCGAAGCGUAAGCAGCUUAAAUUGAAGGCCAUACACAGCCUAGGUUAAAAAGUCCCCCCAGCAGCAGUGUGGGGGGAGACGACUAUCAAGAGUCCAAUGGCAGAGUGGCGGAGCAGAAGCAGCUUCAAUUGAAGGCCA